AUGGCCUCAGGUAAUGGCCAUUGGCCGCGCGGUCAUGCAAGGAACAGUAUCACGAGGUCCAACAACAGGAGGGAAAGCGACCACUUGCCCGACCUCCUAUGCGGAGACGACCCCUUGAAUAUUUCUCCAAGAAAACUCACAGGGAUCUUGUCGAUAUUCGGUCCCAGUGCCCGCUCCCUGGAAUGCAUCGAGUCUCCAACAACCCGUAGCGGACGGAUCGAGCCAGGACGAGGAUGGAAAGAUGGAGCUUUGACUCCAACACCAACCAUCACCAAGGGCCAAGGGCCUCCUGGAGAGUUUCUGAACUUGACAAAGUAA